AUGCUGACAUUGACAAAAUCAGAAAGAGGUGUUAAGGUGUUGACCUGUAGGGAAUACGUUGCAGAGAUGUACGGCAAAGAAGGGGUUAGGCUUCUGAGCCAUAUCAUACGAGCUCAGAUGAACGAUGACCACAAAUCCGAUGACAAUGACAUGUUGGUUCAGAUAGGCACGUUCAGCCUUUUUGUUCUGUUGCGACCAUCGCUUAGCCACCUCUGGGACUUACUCCUGUGGGUAUACCUGACAUUCCGUCGACCAGUGCGGGGAAACGUCUCUGUGUCAACGGGGAUAAUCGAUGGGAAUAAGGUGACUCUCAAACGUUUAACUCAGUUGGAAAGGCCAGCGAAUAGCUGUUGGCUCAGUCUCUUCGAAACCGCGGUCAUUGCGUCAGACCCUCGCAUUCAGCCCGAAGAGGGAUUCCACUUGAAUCUAAACUUCCAUCUCAUGCUUCAAUUGGCAGCAGUCGAGUAUCCAGUCAUGGUUGACUCUGGCCUGGUACUCAUGGGAUACUCAACUGCUCUCCUACCUGUGCGGAAGGAUCAUGAAUCAGUCCUCUGGCACCUGGAAACAGCGAACCACGACUUUCAACUGCGAACCACUGAACUUGCAGCAGUCAAAAGAGAUUGGAUGAAGACAACAAAGUUGGAGGACCUCCAAACAAAGACGGUCUUGCUGGGCUGGUGCCCAGAGGCAGUGACGCAAUUAGGAACGAAAAAUGUAAAUUCCACAAUCGGAUGGUCCGAUGCGAAGCCCAAACACACUACAUGGAGUUGGACUGGAGCAAGCCUGCAGCUGAUAGCAACGAGCGUAUCUCCGUUUCAGAUUGGAGGAGGGCUUAGCAUAGCCUUUGAGAGAAGAAUCAACACACUACGAUUCAGUCCUCAAAGAAACUAUGUCAAAUGCCUCCGCGGUAGUGCAAUGGAGCCAAUUAUUCUCUAUGAUGUUAGUGAAUCGAGGGCUUGGCUCGUCCCCUUGAUUAUCGUGUUCCAUCAAAUGCUCCUAGCAUACUGCGAAAGAAUACCAGAGGUAUGCUCGAAAGGAACCGUACCAAUAAUGAAGGCUCCAUCCAUCGGUGCUAAUCAAUCAUUGUGCCACCUUCAAUCUUGCGGUUCAUUGGUGAUUGAAGGCUCCGGAGACGACAAGCUGACUGUUCGGGAAUUAAUACUUGGCUUUUCUGUCAAUAUGUCCAAAGCUCGCUUGCAUGCCCCCAGACGAUGUAGCAUCUUUGGCUACGAGUUUAUGGACAUUGUUACAGAUUCUCCGAGAAGUGAGCUCAAGACAACGCAGAUUGACAAAGAAGGAUUGGCCUGGUCAUUCUUGUUGAAUGAAGUCAACUGUUUAUUUUGCUCCCAACUUGGGGAUGUUAUUGUUGGGUUGAAGUCCAGCGAUAUAAAGUCGCUCUGCAAUCGGCUUCCUAAGGGCUCUGACUGGCUGGCGACUACGAUUCGCACCUUGGACAUUCUGCAUCGCCGAAGUGGAGACCAUUAUUGGUCCUUGACGGGGUCACCUUUCCAAAAGUGCGACCACGGCAAUGCAAGCGGCGCAGUGGUUUUCGGCCAGGGAAAAAGGCCGGUGCUGUCCAGUACUCAGGGUUCAGACUCAAAUGUGGAAAUGGCGGCUCCAGAUCAGGUCAUUGAGCCCUCUUCCCCUAUAUCAACGGACAGAGUCGCAUCACAGCAACAGCGUGAUAUUUCCAUCUCUCUCUCCUUCGAGACCUUGACCGACGCUUGA